UUCCCGGUCCGACCUUCUCAUAUAAAUACGCAGGGUUACUAGACAAGAGUUCGUCAGAAAAUACGAACCCAAUGAUUCCUAUAUGUCCAGUGGUCUCCUUCACCUAUGUGCCCAGCCGGCUUGGUGAAGAUGCCAAAAUGGCUACUGGCAACUACUUUGGAUUUACCCACGGUGGUGCUGCACAGUACAGACACUCGCCUGCUAUUCAACCAGAUUUUCCAUAUGGCUCGAACUGUGGCUUCUGUCAGCAGCCAGCUGCGGGGGUGGCCUACACCCACCCUACCACCGUGGCCAGCUACACCGUACACCAGGCACCGAUGGCGGCCCACUCCGUGGCAGCAGCCUACGCUCCCACCGGCGCCACAGUUGCCGUAGCCAGGCCUGCCCCUGUCGCCGUGGCAGCAGCAGCCACUGCCGCAGCCUACGGAGGGUACCCGCCGGCGCACGCCACUGCUGACUACGGCUACGCGCGCCAGCCGGACGUCCCCCCGCCGCCCCCCCCGGUCACGUCCCAGAACUACCAGGUAGGAUACCAGGACUCCUACUCCUACGUACGGUCCACGGCCCCAGCGGUAACCUACGACCCUAAGCAGUACUACCAGCAACCCGUAGCUAGCUCUGCGGUAGCCGCUGCGGUAGCCGUACAGCCCCAGCCCACUGCCGAGUCCUACUACCAGACCGCCUCCCUCAACACAUCCUGGGACACCACGUGGAAGAAAACUCUACCAGCCCCUAAGACGGGCUACAGCCAGGCCAGUCUCACCCCCUACACCCAGACCCAACAGUCUCGUCAGGUGACGGCCAUCAAGCCUGUUACUCCCUCCCCCGCCUCCUCCACAUUCUCCAUUUACCCCGUGUCCACCGUUCAGCCCGUGGCUGCCGUCGCCUCCGUCGUCCCCUCCUACUCUCAGAGCCCCACGUACUCCACCAACGCGGUCACGUACUCUGGUAAGCACGACAUGCAAGCCGUAACCGGUAUGCACUACCUGCCAACUACCUACUCGACCAACGCAGUCACGUACUCCCAGAGUCCCACGUAUAGUACCAACCCCGUCGCCUACUCUGGUACGUCGUACUCGGGCUAUGAAGCAGCGGUGUACUCGGCUGCCUCUACCUAUUACCAGCAGCAGCAGCAGCAGCAGAAACAGGCUGUGGCGGCAGUCGCUGCUUCGGCAGGCUGGACAGGAAGCUCCUUCGCCAAGAAAACUCCCUUCCAGAGCAAGCAGCUGAAACCCAAGCAGCCCCCCAAACCACCACAGAUCCACUACUGUGACGUCUGCAAGAUCAGCUGUGCAGGACCCCAGACCUACAAGGAGCACCUGGAGGGUCAGAAGCACAAGAAGAAAGAGGUGGCCCUGAAGGCCUCCCAGAGCACCAGCAGCAGUAGUAGUGGAGGAAGCUCAGCCCGGGGGACUCAGAACCAGCUCCGCUGUGAGCUCUGUGACGUCUCCUGCACCGGGGCAGAUGCAUACGCUGCACACAUCAGAGGGGCCAAGCACCAGAAGGUGGUGAAGCUGCACACCAAGCUGGGGAAACCCAUCCCUUCCACAGAGCCCAGUGUCGUGACCCAGACCCCUACGUCCACCACGACUUCCUCCUCCUCCAAGACCCCCUCCUCCUCUACCACCCCCACAGGAUCCACCUCCAACUCUUCCUACCUGAAGCCGGUUAACAUCGGGAGCCAGGGUGGUGCGGGGGCCGGACUGGGGAAGGGUCUAGUGGGGAACAACUUAUCAGCAGCCAAUGCCACCACAGCUGUCAAGAAGUUUAACACCCCCAAGAUCAACUUUGUCGGGGGAAACAAGCUCCAGACUACCGGGAAGGUGACAGAGGAAACCAAGGUGGAGACAUCCAAGCCUCCUCCGCCCUCAUUGGUCCCCCAACCUCAGGAGACGAAGAACGAGUCCUCUGAUUCGCUGUCUACCCUGGCCGCCUUGCAGAAUGACGUGCAGCCUGUUGGGCACGACUAUGUGGAAGAGGUGCGUAACGACGAAGGCAAGGUAAUCCGGUUCCACUGUAAGCUGUGUGAAUGUAGCUUCAACGAUCCCAACGCCAAAGAGAUGCAUCUGAAGGGCAGGAGACACCGCCUGCAGUAUAAGAAAAAGGUGAACCCGGAGCUACAAGUGGAGGUGAAGCCUUCUAUCAGAGCCAGGAAGAUCCAGGAAGAGAAGAUGAGGAAGCAGAUGCAGAAGGAAGAGUACUGGAGGAGGAGAGAGGAGGAGGAGAGAUGGAGGAUGGAGAUGAGGUACGGAGAGAUAGGCCUCCUCGUCGGCCGGACUCGUCAGACGACCGCUACGUGAUGACGAAGCACGCGACCAUCUACCCCUCUGAGGACGAGCUGCAGGCCAUCCAGAAGAUCGUCUCCAUCACAGAGAGAGCCCUCAAACUGGUCUCAGACAUCAUCAUCGACCAGGACAAGACCAAGGAGACUACUGCGGAGGACAAGGAUACAAAGGAGGUCCCCAAGACUCCCCAAGACCGAGCUCUGAAGGGGGUGAUGAGGGUGGGGGUGCUGGCUAAAGGACUGCUGCUCUGUGGAGACAACAAUGUCAACCUGGUCCUGCUUUGCUCAGAGAAACCCACCGAGAACCUGCUAAGCCGCAUAGUGGAGCAUCUUCCCAAGCAGCUGACGGUGGUGACCCCAGAGAAGUACGAGGUGAAGGGUUCCAUCGAGGACUGUUCCAUCAUCCUGACGUCUGGAGCCGACCCCAAAAUGACAGUCACCAUCACCCUGACCUCCCCCAGUAUCCGAGAGGAGGAGGAGGAGACCCCUACCACACCCCCGCCACGGGACGGAGAUGUAACCUGGGGCUUGGUGCGAGACCCAGCGGACGUCUUGGACAGGCAAAAAUGCCUCGCCGCUCUAGCGGCUCUGCGGCACGCUAAGUGGUUCCAGGCUAGGGCGAACGGACUCCAAUCCUGUGUGAUUGUUAUCCGUAUCCUGCGUGACCUCUGUCAGAGGGUCCCCACGUGGUCCGCCUUCCCCAGCUGGGCCAUGGAGCUGCUGGUAGAGAAGGCCAUUAGCAGUGCCUCUGGCCCCCUGAGCCCAGGCGACGCACUGAGACGAGUCUUUGAAUGUAUUUCCUCCGGAAUCCUGCUCCCCGGUGGCCCGGGAUUGGUCGACCCGUGUGAGAAGAACCCCACUGACACCCUGACAGCCAUGGAGGAGCAGCACAGAGAGGACAUCACCUCAAGUGCCCAGUUUGCUCUGCGGCUGCUAGCGUUCCGUCAGAUCCACAAGGUGCUGGGCAUGGACCCGCUUCCCCAGAUGAACCCCCGCUUCAACGUCCGCAACAACCGUAAGCGUCGACGCGACAACAGCGACGGAGCGGACGGAUUCGAGGGUGAAGGGAAGAAGGACAAGAAGGAUUUCGACAGUAGCUACUAGGACCCAUCCCCUCUUCCCCCCCCCCCCCCCCUCUCCACCACCCCCACCCCAAUUCAUUUAAAGUAGUGUGUGGGCCAUGUUUCAGGCUGACUACAGUCACCUGCCGGAUCUCACGACGCCUGGAUGUGUUUUUUUUUAAGAUGAGAGCUAACCAUAAUCAAAUAGCAUUCUGAUGCUGGAUUGCACAGUCAAUAACGUGGCGUGCAACCAUUGGUUGAUGCCUGCACUGCGAUGUAGUCUGCCUGGAACGAGCCCUAUGUACUUCUGUCACCUACAGGUUGGUUUGUGUAAAUGCUCAAGACUAACAUCGGACAGGGCCUGGUCCUGUAAGCCAUGAGUAAAUCAGGAUUGUAUUCAUUUGGGCACGUAACAGAAAAUGUUUAAUCGUUUUGCAAAGGGGUUAAAGAAAAUGAGCAUCUCUAUUGUCAGUCUGUUUUCUUCCGUUUUGGUGCCAAAUGAAUACGACCCAGUCUUGACUGAAUAAGCCAGUACCCAGUUUGUCCACGAUGUUCUGUUUUGGUAGCGAUUUGAUAUGACCUGUGGUUGGGACACAAACUUCUCCUUCCUAGCUGAUUUCUACUUUUACCUCCCCAUUUUUAUUUUUACCCACUUGGUUUCCCCACUCUUCUUUACCACGACAACGGGGCUUUCUUAGCCCAACCUUCUCCUUUUUUAGAGCUUUCUUAGCCCAACCUUCUCCUCUAUCUUUUUUUUGUUAAUUUGGGUUACAGACUUUCCAGUCUUGUCGAGUUACGAAAAGGUAAACUAGAGCGAGAUUUGUUUUUGUUCCAGUUGUUGAUAGAUCAGGAAGAUCACAGUAAAUGUUGAUAGCUAACAUGCAUGCUAUUUCUAGUUGCAUACAUUCUGUGUUGGCUGUUUUUAGUAAGUUUAAAUACCCAUUUAUAUGAAGCACAUAAUUCGAUCAGUCGUCAGUAAUGUUUUAUUUUCCUAUAAGCUGUAAUUUUGAAUAGGAUCUUUUCUUUUAAGUGUCAUAAUGCUUAUUAAAGUAGCGUAAAAGCUAUGGUCUUGUCCCAUUUGUAAGGCCAGACUGCAAUGUGUUCUAGUGUUUAACACAGGCCCCUUAACUGAGGUGUUGUACUACAUUUCUGAGGAAAACACUGAUUCCUAAUUUUGUUGUUUUGAAUGUAGCACUCUAAUAUAUAUAUAUAUAUAUGAAAAUAUACCUAUGAUAAUCUUGCAAUAGAUCAAAAAGUGUGUUUUUAGUUUGGAAGAACUCACGGCCGUGUUUUCAGAUUUUGUUAUUUGUAUUAUGGCUUUUAAUAUUUUUGGUUUAACAGAUUAUAAUGGGACAUUUUAUUGGCCCCAAAUCUUGGUUUAACGCCGCGUACAUAUAGUUCAUUUGAAUAAUGUAUAGAAAAUGAAAAACCGAUUGGAGUAAAAAAAAAAAAAAAAAGACAAGUGUAACGUUUGUUUAAACGUAGAUCCCUUCUUUUAAUGUCUGUCAGCCUGUCUCUGUCUGCCGCUCUCUCUCUCUCUGUCUGCCUGCCUCUCUCUCUCUCAAUUCAAGGGGUUUUAUUGGCAUGGGAAACAUAUGUUUACAUUGCCAAAGCAAGUGAAAUGGAUAAACAAAAGUUCUCUCUUGGUCUGUCUGUCUGUGUCUGGCUGGCUCUCUCCUCCCUUCUCGGUCAGUCGGUCUCUCGUGCUCUGCCUGUCAGUCAGCCUUUCGUGCUCUCUCUGUGCCUGUUUGUCUCUGUCUUAGUACCUCCACUUUACCAUGGGCAGAAUAAAGACAUUUCCUGAAUGAAGGACUUCUGGA